GAGUGUCUCCCGAUAAGAAUUGGAACGAAAGAUGGCGGCGGAGACGCUGCCGCCCAGUUGGCUGUGGCUGCUGUUCCUGGGGUUCCUGUUACCUGCACGUCUGGCCAAUGGUGUCGGGAGCCUGAACCUGGAGGAACUGAGUGAAAUGCGUUAUGGGAUCGAGAUCCUGCCAUUGCCUGUCAUAGGAGGGCAGAGCCAAGCUUCAGAUGUGGUGAUUGUCUCCUCUAAGUACAAACAGCGUUAUGAAUGUCGCCUGCCAGCUGGAGCUAUUCACUUUCAGCGUGAAAGGGAAGAGGAAACACCUGCUUACCAAGGGCCUGGGAUCCCUGAGUUGUUGAAUCCAAUGAGAGAUGCUCCCUGCUUGCUGAAGACCAAGGACUGGUGGACAUAUCAAUUCUGUUAUGGACGCCACAUCCAGCAGUAUCACAUGGAAGAUUCAGAGAUCAAAGGUGACAUCCUCUAUCUCGGCUACUACCAAUCAGCCUUUGACUGGGAUGAUGAAACAGCCAAGGCCUCCAAGCAGCAUCGCCUGAAACGCUACCACAGCCAGACCUAUGGCAACGGGUCCAAGUGUGACCUCAAUGGGAGACCCCGGGAGGCUGAGGUUCGGUUCCUCUGUGAUGAGAGCGCGGGGAUUUCUGGAGACUACAUUGACCGUGUGGAUGAGCCCUUGUCCUGCUCCUACGUGCUGACCAUCCGCACGCCCCGGCUGUGCUCCCACCCACUCCUCCGGCCCUCGCCCAGUGCCGCACCACAGGCCAUUCUCUGUCACCCCUCCCUGCAGCCUGAGGAGUACAAGGCCUAUCUUCAGCAGCAAGAGAACUCAAAACAACAUGAAGAGAAAAUCACAGAGGAGCUGCAAGACCUGGACUCCCAAAUGUGGAGUGAGACCAGGCCUGGGGUAUUGCCCCCAAAGAGAGAAGGUGUAAGCCCAGCCAAGGAGGACAGUAAAGAAUCAGAUUUCUGGAAGAUGCUUCAUGAGCCAGAGGACCAGGCCCCAGCAGGGGAGGAGCCAGAGGCUGAGCAGGAACAGUACCUAAACCUUGAGGCUGCAGCAGAUCCAGCUCCAGGCCCUCCAGAUGAUUUUCAGAACAACGUACAGGUCAAAGUCAUUCGGAGUCCUUCAGACUUGAUUCGAUUGAUAGAGGAGCUGAAAGGCGGGACAAAAAAGGGGAAGCCGAUCACAGGCCAGGAGCAGGCUGGAGAGGAGGCUGUAGAGGCCUCUCCCCCGGAGCCAGAGGUGAAGGCCAAGGGUGACACUGAGCGUCAGAGUGCAGUGGAAGAGGAGGACAGUGAUGAGGAGGCAGAGGAAGACGCGGAUGAACGGCAAUUACUGGGAGAAUUCGAGAAGGAGCUGGAAGGGAUGCUGCUUCCAUCAGACCGCGAGCGCCUCCGUGCUGAGGUGAAGGCUGGCAUGGAGCGGGAGCUGGAGAACAUCGUCCAGGAGACAGAGAAGGAGCUGAACUCUGAUGUGCUGAAGAAAGAAUCAGAACGUGAGCGGGCAAUACUGGCUCUGACCUCCACUGUCAACAAACUCAUGAAAAAACUGGAGGAAAAACAGAGUCCUGAGCUGGUGAAGAAGUAUAAGAAAAGGAAGGUUGUCCCUAGAAAGCCUCUCCCAUCACCCCACUCUACAGAGGAGGAUCCUGAGCACAGAGUCCGGGUCCGGGUCACCAAGCUCCGUCAUGCAGGCCCCAAUCAGGAUCUGACUGUCCUCGAGAUGAAACGGGAAAACCCACAGCUGAAACAAAUCGAGGGGCUGGUGAAAGAACUGCUGGAGAGGGAGGGACUCACGGCCGAAGGGAAGAUUGAAAUCAAAAUCAUCCGACCUGGGGCUGAGGGUGCCGAGGAGGAUGGACGUUGGCUGACCGAUGAGGACACAAAAAGCCUCAAGGAGAUUUUCUUCAAUAUCUUGGUGCAGGGAGCUGAAGAGGCCCACAAAGAGCGACAGCGGCAGAAAGACCUGGAGAGCAAUUACCGCCGAGUGUGGGGCUCCAGAGAUGGUGAGGGCGCGGGAGACCUGGACGAGUUUGACUUUUGAGACACCACAGCAACGUGUUCUGACUAGCCUUGCUUCCUCACCUCUCUCCUGGUCCUUAAAGGGAAAACAUCAGAGAACAGCAGAGUUGUGGGCACCUCCAGGGAGUAGAAGGCCCUGGGGCCAGUGCUGCAAAACCCGAUAAGAGCCACCCAAGGCCUCCCCUGGGCUGUGGCUUCUGCUCUCUCAGGCUGUCCCAUGUGCCCUUCAUUUUCUCCUCGGCUUUCCUUGUUGGUGUCCCCUGACAUGUUGGCUCUUUCUUCUUCCUACCUAGAGACUCGUUAAGACCCUGUGUGUGAGCAGGGUAAGGAAAGUGGGGUAGUAAAGUAGGCCCAAAGAAGCAGAGUGCCCGCCCUGCCCUGUCGCUGUCUGGAGUUGCUUUACCCUCUUUGGAAUCAGCUUGGGAUGUCCUCCCGUCCCAUCCCCACUGUGCUCCUGAGCUGAGGAGUCCUCACCUCUGCUGCUGAGGAACUGGGAGACCUUUGCAUAGCUCUUCCAAUGCAGUCCCAGCUCAAAGGGGGUGCAGAAGCAUCCGCCGUGUUCUUCAACAAUCAGGUUUCUAAAUAAAGAACUGGACCACCAA